AUGCAUAUAAUGCUACACUGGUUACAGUUUUUUUUAUUUGCUUCAGAAAUAACAGAUGCCAAGGUAGAAGGGACAGCGUUGAAAAUACAAAUAAAAGAUAGAGUUUUAUCAUUCGAAGAUUGCUGGCUUCGUGAUCAUUGCAGAUGCCCAGAAUGUUACCAUGAGUCUACGAACCAAAGAGCUAAUCAUAUUUUGGAUAUACCUGAAGUGACUAUAGCUGGCGUGAGAAAUAGUGACACAACAGUAACUGUACUAUGGAGCGACGGUCACACUUCAAAGUACGAAGGUGACUUCUUAAUCCAAUUUGAGUACAACACAUGGAAGGUUCAUUUACGACACGUACCAAUUUUAUGGCGAGGAGACGGGGUCUCUGCAAAAGUUGCCAAACUUCCCCUCAAUCAAUUCGUAAACAAUAAAGACGGGGAAAAAUUCAUCUUUCAAUCGCUCCUCGAUUAUGGGAUAGCUUUGAUAGAAAAUGUCGAACCGACAAUGGAAGCAACAGAAGUUGUCUGCCAGGCCCUAGGCGGGGUUCAGCAUACUAUGUUUGGGGGUAUGUGGAAGGUCAGCACAAACCCAGACCAUGCUGACACAGCUUAUACCAACAUCACUUUGAAGCAACACACAGAUAACACGUACUUUACGGAGCCGGCGGGACUCCAAAUAUUCCAUUGCACGGAACAUACCAAUGGAACCGGUGGAGAGAACGUCUUCAUCGAUGGAUUCUACGCAGCGACAAAACUCAAAGAAGAACAUCCAGAAGACUUUGACUUCUUAACGAAAUUUCAGUUGGAAGCAGAAUAUAUUGGAGACGGACACUUCCAAAAGAAUACGGCGCCCGUUAUACAACUGGAUGGAUCUAAUAAUAUUAAACAUAUCAGAUUUAAUGCAUACGAUCGUUCACCUAUGGCGUUUGCAAGUUCUGAAGAAUGCAGAAAUUAUUACCGUGCCUUGAGGAACUUGGCCAAGUAUUUCGAAGACGGGGAAAACCAGUGGCAGAUUAAGCUGCUCCCAGGGUUUGUUCUGGUCUUCGACAACUUCCGCGUCCUACAUGGAAGAACUGCAUUUACCGGGAAACGCAUUCUUUGCGGGAGCUAUAUAUCUCGUUCUGAUUGGUUGGACAAGGCUCGGACAUUGGGUCUUAUUCAUUAA